CGGGAAAGAAGAAACCCUAACUCCUCCCUCCCUCCCUCUCUCUCUGAUCUUCAACCAUGCCAUUCAAGCAAUAUGUAGAGAUCAGGCGAGUCGCUCUUGUAAACUGCGGGAAAGACUACGAAAAGCUGGUCGUAAUCGUCAACCUUAUUGAUCAGAACCAGGCUCUUGUAGACGCCCCUGACAUGGUGCGAGGUCAAAUGAAUUUCAAGAGGCUUUCGCUGACAAAUAUCAAGAUUGACAUUCUAAGAAUACCCAAGAAGAAGUCACUUGUUGCUACCAUGGAAGCUGCAGGUGUGAAGAACAAGUGGGAGAACAGCUUGUGGGGCCAAAAGCUGAUUGUGCAAAAGAGAAGAGCUUCCGUCAAUGACUUUGAUAGGUUCAAGGUCAUGUUAGCAAAGAUCAAGAGGGGAGGUGCGAUCAGGCAAGAGCUCGCGCAGUUGAGAAAGCAGCAGGAUUUUCCGUAA